GAACACCAAACAAUAAUUUAUAUUACACCGAAUGAUGACAAAGAAAAACUUUAACAGCCGUUACAUUGAAAAAUGCACAGUUAAUUGUAAAAAUAAUAAAUACACUUAUAUAACAUCUACUUCAUUCUCACUGCCGUUCUUCUCGCUCAUUUCUGUUCCUGCGGUCGCGUGUCGGAAAAGUUCGCGAAUCUUCCCGAACGCCUCGCGCGAGUUUCCGGCGGAGGAGAGAUCCAGCGCCUAACGAAGUGCAAUUAAUAUCAUAAAAAGAUAAGAGUUAUUAAGGCUUGUGAAUACUUGAUUUGUGUCGUGAAGUGUCCGCGAUGUCCGUGUUGUGUUAUAAUAAAGGCUGCGGGCAGCGGUUUGAUCCAGAAAGCAAUCCUGAAGAUGCGUGUACAUACCAUCCAGGAGUUCCUGUGUUCCAUGAUGCUCUGAAGGGUUGGUCGUGUUGUAAGAGACGGACGACAGACUUCUCGGAUUUUCUCAGUAUUGCGGGCUGCACUAAAGGACCUCAUAACAGUGAGAAGCCGCUGGAGCCCGUGAAACCGGACGUGAAGGUCUCUGGAGAGAAGAAAGAGCUGGAGGAUCUCAAACCCAGGUUUAAUGAGUACGUCAUCCAGGCGCCCAAACCGCUGGAGUCCAUACAGAGACCCAGCUCUGAUGAGCCGCUGGUGGAGCUGCGGAGGAAAGUGGCUCCGUCUCUCAGUCAGGCGCUCCAGAAGCUGGCACUCGAAGGCGCUGAUCAACCUGAAGAACAAGACGAGGAAGGAGCUGAAGUCAAAAUUGGGACGACGUGUAAAAAUGGAGGCUGCUUGAAGACAUACAACGGACCAAAGACCGAUGAGGAGAUGUGUUUAAAUCAUCCUGGGGUGCCCAUCUUCCACGAAGGGAUGAAGUACUGGAGCUGCUGUAAGAGGAAGACGUCAGAUUUUAACUCCUUCCUGUCUCAGGAGGGCUGUAAUAAAGGAUCACACCAGUGGAGGAAAGACACGGGAAAGAAAGUGGCUCCAUGUAGAUUUGAUUGGCAUCAGACAGGAAGUCAGGUGACCAUGUCCAUCUAUGCAAAGAACUCAAACCCUGAGCUCUGUUCUGUGGAAGCGAACAGCACCUCGCUGAAAAUACAUCUAAACUUUGAGGGAGACAAAGAAUUUGAGCUGAAGAUGAAUCUGUGGGGCGUAAUUGACAUCAGUAAGAGUGUAGUGAACAUGAUGGCUGCUAAAGUGGAGGUAGUCAUGAAGAAGGCGGAGCCUAUGACCUGGGCCCGGCUGGACCUGCCGCCUCCAAAGCCUGAACCGACCAAUGAGAAGACAGAGAGUCAAGACGGAGAGAGAGUGAUUAUUGAUGAGCCAGACGGCCGUGAUUAAGUGCUCAGACUCUGACAGACAGCAGAUCAGUGAUGAAACCUGCAGGUCUGUGCCACCAUACAGUCACCACCCACUGUUCAACUGGAAAACCAAAAGAGAUUAUUUAUUUAAUUGGAGUUCAUAAAAAUCAUAAUGUGGAUUCAUGUCGGAUGAACACAACAGUAGACUAUUUAAUUUGAUGUGAAUGAAAAGCUGUGAGUGAUGGAAGUGCAUUUAAACAAUCCUACAUUAUUAUUAUUAUUAAGUUAUCAAUGGUAAAAAUGUAGUAAAUUAGUUGUCUUUAACUGUUGAAGCCAAUGACGUUUAUUUUUAUAUGGCAUCACAGCAGUCAACUUGUAAUUGAUAAUUUUACAAUUUGGUUUCACUCAUCAGAAAUUUUUUUCUGCAUCUUUUUGUCCACUGUAAACUUGCACAAUUGCAUAUUUCAUUGGGUGAACAAUUGAUAACCAUAACAGUCUCUCACAGCCUUGUUUUCAUUGGCGUCAGAUUUAAUGUGGCAUCAAUUCUUACUGAAGUCUUUCUUAAACAGUUUCACUUAUUAACUGUCAGCAUGGCAAUUAAACUGACUUGAUCCAUCAAUUCUUGCUUUUCUACUGUAAAGUCGGAUAUAAUUUCUGUGGUUUUUUUACUUGAAGUACCAUCAUUAUUAGUUGAGAAUUUGGUUUAGACUCGUUUUCUCUGUCUUGCUGUCUGUAAUGUGGUUAAUUCCUCUAAUACUGAGUGCCGUCAGCAUUUACACAAGCAGAUAUUGGCCUACUUCUUUUUUUUGUUGGCUUUUUCCAUUCCAUGUCUGAUGAUUCACAGCCAUCUGAUUUCUCAUAAUUUCCUGUCAUGCACUUUCACCUACAAUUUCGCUCCUGUUGUGGGCUGGAAACCUUCAUCUGUGUUGUCCUGAAUGUAGAGACUAGAAAAUAAUCCGUCCAUAAACACAUGCUGUGUAGACUUACUCAGGUUUGGUUCAACUCCAACUAGAAAAAGCGCAGUAAAUCUCAGAAAACUGUGUAUUUGCAUCUGAAUAUAUCUUUUAUGACACUGUCUCAUGUUACUGUAAACAUUAAAUUACUGUACUUUUACUCUCAAAUUUGUCUUUCUGUCUGAUCAUUCAAUCUAAUUUCAGGUCUUUUUUUUUUU